GAUCGCUCGUAGCCACGCCCAAACAAAUUUAAAAUUGUGCCCCUUUUUAAAUCAAAACCGCAACCCAAUAUCGUUUUGCGAGCCGCACUGAACAGUCGCUUUCACAAAUUAACUAACUAAUUAACCAUUAGAAUAAUAAAUUAACCCUAAUAAAAUUAACUGAUGAAAUAACAAUUGAAGUGAUGUGUUUGAAAAAAGUGAUAAAAAUUCUAAAUUUAAAAAUAAAAAAUGAUAUUUAAAUACUUCGAAGUGAACUGAAGAUUACAAUGAUGGAACAGAGGCCGAAUUCCAACUUAUAUCCUUCAAACUUGACGGACCUUCUUGCUGUGUCGGCGUACCAACAGAACGUUGACCGACUGUCGGCGAUAUCCGACGGCGAGGACAAAUUCAACGCCGACACUUACGCCGACAAUGUGGACCGUUUCGCCGAAAACGCCGACAGGUCUUCAUCGCCUGUGUCAACCUUGGAUGAUGGGGACAGCAGUCAGUCGGCUUUUGGAGUUGAUUUAACAGGAAAAGGGACGAAUUUAGCUGGGAAGUCUUUCACUAUUGCAGCCAUUUUGGGUUUGACGAAUGGUGAUGAAGAUGUGAUGAACCUGAGUGUUCAGGAGAGGUUGCAACAGAAUCAGAGGCAGCUGCAGAACUAUUUGUAUGCUGGGCAUGAUGUUCAGCGGCUCAAUGAAGGAUUCUGUCGGAGUAUGGUUGGCGUGCCGACGGCUUUAAGACAAGACAGUCCCCGUCCCGACAUGAGGCCGCAGGUUGGCCAGAUGAAGACCUCUAGAAGUCACUCCAUGACGUGUUCCAACAGUUCCGGCAGGAGUAAGAGGAUACGAACAAUAUUCACUCCAGAGCAGCUAGAGAGACUGGAAGCCGAGUUCGAGAGGCAGCAGUACAUGGUGGGGCCCGAGAGACUGUAUCUAGCUCAUGCUCUACAGCUGACAGAGGCACAGGUAAAAGUCUGGUUUCAAAAUCGGCGCAUAAAAUGGCGGAAACAUCAUUUAGAGGUAACCCAGCAAAGAUUAGCAGUCUUGCAAAGACACCAGCCUCACGACCGAGAUGAUGACAUUUAAACCAAAGUCACUCAACAUUCAUAAUGGGUGGGCUCUCUAACAAGCAGUCAUAUUGGAAAAUCCCAUAGUGCUUCUGGAAACUGCAAUAGUGCAUCUGGAAUGUAA